AUGGCUUUCUCCUGGCAGGCAGUGCUGGCCUGCAGGAAAUACCUCAUCAUCGUCCUGGUCCCCCUGGUGUUCCUCCCUCUGCCUCUGGUUCUGCCCACCAAGGAGGCAAUGUGUGGCUAUGUGAUCAUAGUGAUGGCACUUUUCUGGUGCACAGAAGCCCUGCCUUUGGCUGUCACAGCUCUCCUGCCCGUCCUGCUGUUCCCACUCAUGAAUAUCAUGGAUUCAACAACAGUCUGUCAGGAGUACUUGAAGGACACCAACAUGCUCUUUUUGGGGGGCCUGGUGAUGGCCAUCGCCAUCGAGACGUGGAACCUGCACAAGCGAGUGGCUCUGAGGGUCCUGCUGAUCACUGGUGUCAGGCCAGCCCUACUCCUGAUGGGUUUCAUGGUGGUGACAGCUUUCCUGUCCAUGUGGAUCAGCAACACAGCCACCACUGCCAUGAUGGUCCCCAUCGCACAGGCCGUGAUGGAGCAGCUGCACAAGUCAGAGGCAGAGUCUGGCUCCACUGGCCAAGGGUCUGAACACACCAACAAAGCCUUUGAGCUGCAGGAAAAGUCACCUGAGGGCUUCAAGGAGCCAGAGGAAAAAGGUAAUUCUCAUGUCCUGAUAGUUGAGGAAGAGAGAAAGAGAAAUGAAGAGAUUGAGAAGAAACACCUGAAGCUGUCCAAGGGAAUGUCCCUCUGCAUUUGUUACUCAUCCAGCAUUGGAGGGAUCGCCACUCUGACUGGGACAACCCCAAAUCUGGUGCUGCAAGGACAAGUUAAUGACAUGUAUAAAGACAAUGGUGGCAUCAUCAACUUUGCCUCCUGGUUCUCCUUCGCCUUCCCCACCAUGGUGGUGCUGCUGGUUUUGGCGUGGAUUUGGCUGCAGAUCCUGUACUUGGGCUUCAAUUUUAAGAAGAAUUUUGGUUGUGGUGUCAGUCCUGCUGCCAAGGCUAAGGAGCAACAGGCCUAUGAAAUCAUCAAGGAAGAGAACAAGAAACUGGGCAAAAUGAGCUUUGCAGAAAUAGAAGUUUUAAUCCUCUUCAUUCUCCUGGUGGUGUUGUGGUUUACAAGAGAACCUGGGUUCAUCCCAGGCUGGGCAACAGUUCUCUUCAACAAAAACAAUACAAGCUAUGUCACCGAUGCCACAGUGGCCCUCUUCAUCUCAGUGCUGCUCUUCAUCCUCCCUUCUGGCUUUUCCAACCAGGACAGAGACCAAGAGCAAACAGGGGGCAGGGCAAGGUUCCGGGUGCCUCCGCCCCUGCUGGACUGGAAGGUCGUUCAGGAGAAGAUGCCGUGGAACAUCGUGUUCCUGCUGGGAGGUGGCUUUGCCUUGGCCAAAGGCAGUGAGGAAUCUGGUCUGUCUGCAUGGCUGGGCACCAAACUGACCCCUCUGCAGAGCAUCCCUCCCCCAGCCAUUGCCUUCCUGCUGUGCCUCCUCAUCGCCACCUUCACCGAGUGCACCAGCAACGUGGCCACCACCACCCUCUUCCUCCCCAUUCUGGCCUCCAUGGCUGAAGCCAUUUGCCUCAACCCUCUCUAUGUCAUGCUGCCCUGCACACUCUCUGCAUCGCUGGCCUUCAUGCUCCCCGUGGCAACUCCUCCCAAUGCCAUUGUCUUCUCCUAUGGACAGCUCAGGGUUAUUGAUAUGGCCAAAGCUGGGUUUGUACUCAACAUCCUGGGAGUCCUGACCAUAACUAUGGCCAUCAACACCUGGGCUUCAUCCUUGUUCCAGCUGCAGACAUUCCCAUCGUGGGCAAACAGGACAGGGACCUGCCUGUGA